UCUUGGUUCUGACUACCAACUGACUACAGGCUGACCACAAAUCAUUCAUAGAUCAAGCGCUGGCCCAGCUCAAGUCUGCAAGUUUGAGACCAUGACCGAAGUAAAUCAGACCUACGGUCAAUCUCUUCCCGUGAAGUUGCCCACAUACAAUUGAUCAUCAAUCAAGGAACUUAAUCGUUCUUUUCUAGGACCAAGUCGACAGAAUCGCAAACAAUUUCAACGUUCAUCUCGAACUAGUCAGCGAAAUUCGGGAUAUCUACAAAGAGCGAGUUACUAUCGAACGAGAAUAUGCAGCAAAGCUACAAACCCUCGCGAAGAAGGCCGUGGAGAAGAGAAGCAGGCUCGAAUCGAGAUUAGUUCUUGGAAGUGAUCCAACCAAGACAUGGACAGAGGCUUCCUUGAAGCAAAACAUGUUAAAUGUCGCUUACAAGGAGUUGGUGGAUUCCAUAACCAACGCAUCCCAUGACCAUGUCAAUAUUGCAGAUGCUCUCACAUCUCAGGUGGUCGAGGCAUUGAAAGCAGUUGAGCGGAGGAACGAGGAAGCUCAGAAGAAGGAAAUGCAAUUCUUUCACAAACUCACUGUAGAUCGAGACAAUAUAUACGCAGAUCGUCUGAAGAGUAAGCAAAAGUACGAUGAAGAAUGUCUUGAGGUGGAUCUGCACAGACAGAAGCAGAGUCGAGCUCAAGAUGACCGCCAUGCCGACCGAGUGUCGCGGCAAGCCGAACAACAGCGUAACGAGAUGCUCAAUAGUAAAAACAUAUACAUUAUUUCGACUGCCAUAGCCAACACGGCUAAAUCUAAAUACUUCAACGUGGACCUUCCUGAUCUUGAAAAUAGACUCCAGGUUCUACAGGCCCGAUUAGUGGAAAGAUUUACGCAAGUCCUGAUACAUGGUCAAGCGUUACAAAUGGGCCAUCUAGACGUCCUCAAGGGCCGGCUCUCCGGGGUGGAAGCCUCCCUUCAGCGCGUAAAUCCUGCCCGAGAUCAAGAUCUCUUUAUCGAUUUCAAUAUACGACCGUUCAGUGCACCUUCUGAUUGGGCUUUUGAGCCAUGCCAUAACUUCUACGAUUCGGAAGACAUGAACGUUGAACAAAUUCCUAAGGUGUUCCUGCAGAACAAAUUACGUCGAAGCCAAAACAAACUCCAGGAACUUGGAGCCUUGUUAGACGGCAAAGCGAGAGAGCAAGACCAGCUGCAAAAACUCGUUGCAGCAUAUGCCACUGAUAAGUCACUAGGCAAUAUAGACGAUAUCACGAACAAAUAUACCGAGGCCAGCCACCAACUGACCCUGUACAAAACAUCGGAAACUAUUCUUACCGCCGAAGUUGACACCAUAAUGAAAGCUCUCGAAGGUGAUCUGGGGGCACAACAACCUCAUUCCUUCAAAAGUGCAUCAUUCUCUAUUCCAACUACAUGCGGAUACUGCAAGACAUCGAUAUGGGGAAUAAGCAAACAGGGGAAAACAUGCAAGGCCUGCAACCUCUCCGUACAUGGGAAGUGUGAGCUCAAGGUUCCCGCCGAUUGUCAGCGGGGAACUGGUGACGUGAGCCGACCCGCGUCGAAAUCAUUGGCCUCGCCCAGUCAAACCGGCCGUCUAAGCUCCAAAGAGGUCUCUCGAUUGGAAGAGCCUACACCCUCAUCCUUUGUUCAUCCGUCCGCGUCUGAUAAAGAAAUCACCUAUCCAACGGCACAAGUCAUUUAUGACUUUGUUGCGACGUCGGAGUUUGAGCUGUCUGUCACAGACGGAAUCAUUGUCCGUGUUUUGGAGCCUGACGAUGGCUCUGGUUGGAUCAAAGUGGCUGAUGGUCAUGGAGGGGACGGGCUAGUCCCCGCUUCUUACCUGGAGUAUGGGACCUCUGAAGCCGCCGACGAAUCACCGACCAGGGAGAACGGUUCUGGAAGAUAUGUCAAAGCAAUAUAUCAAUAUGUUGCGAAUGGACCGGACGAACUCACGCUUGAAGAAGGAGAAGUCAUUGAGCUGUCAAGUGGUGCGACAGGUGGUCAGAAUUACGGUGAAGGUUGGUGGGAAGGGUUCGAUACAAAAGGCCAUAAGGGCAUAUUCCCGAGCAACUAUGUUGAAGCUGUAUAAUCAGAAGUCGAACCCGUUAGUAUUCCAGGCGGAGCAACCGCCAAGAUGAAAGUUAGAAUCAGGAUCGUCACCGGCAUAUGAGUAAAACGCCCUCGUCGCCUCCGUUGUGUAUGUGUAUCAUAGUUGAAUGAAUGUGCCAACGUUGCAUUGAAUGUCAGUCGUCCUCUGAUUCAAAUCCCAAAAUAGCGUACAUAUAAUGCAAUGUGAUUCCGUGUUCGAACGGCC